AUUGAUUCCGGUUCUUCCACAGUUACCUCGAAGCUGAAGUACCUCUUGGAGCCUCCGGUUUACGCAGAGGUCGUCGCUCUAAGAGGACAAAACGCCACCCUGCCGUGUAUCAUCAGAACCAAACCCAGACAUUACAAAGUGAAGUGGACCAAGCUGGAGCCGGAGAACGUGGGGCGGGAAAACAUCAUCAUGAUCUCUAACGCACAAGCCUUUAAACCGUACGGCCAUCUUGGAGCGCGAGCGUCUCUCCGGAGAUCUCACAGCAUGGACGCCUCGCUGCAGAUCAGACGCCUCCUGCUGGACGACGGGGGGAAGUACCGCUGCGAGCUGGUGAACGGCAUCGAGGACGAGAGCGUGGUCAUUACUCUGAGGAUAGAAGGAGUUGUGUUUCCGUACCAGAGUGAAGACGGCCGCUACAGAUUGACUUUCCACGAGGCGAAGGAGGUUUGUGCCGAGCAAGACGGCAUCUUAGCUUCAUACCACCAGCUGUACAGAGCGUGGACGGAGGGUCUGGACUGGUGUAACGCCGGCUGGCUGCAGGACGGCACGGUUCAUUACCCCAUUAUCCAGCCCCGACCCGCAUGCGGAGGAGAGCUGCUCCCCGGCAUCCGCAGUUAUGGAGCGAAAGAUAAGAAUCAGGAUCGGUUUGACGCUUUCUGCUUCACCUCGCAGACUUCUGGCUCCGUCUCCUUCGUCUCGGGGUCUUUCUCCUUUGAACAGGCCGGGCACGCAUGUCAGCGUCAGGGAGCGGAGUUGGCGCUGGUCGGCCAUCUUUACUCCGCCUGGCGUUUCCAAAACUACGACCAGUGUGACGGCGGAUGGCUGAGAGACGGCAGCGUACGGUUUCCCAUCAGCAACCCCCGGGAACUCUGUGGAGGAAUCCCUGAAGCCGGGGUGCGCUCGUUUGGAUUCCCCAACAAGAUGAAGCCUCUGUUUGGCGCCUAUUGCUACAUGUAGCCCGAAAAUAAGAAGAAAUUCGACAGCAGGGCAACUUAGAGAUCGAGUUUAAGCAGGAAAACAUGUCCCAGAAUUCACUGCUAAGCAUAAACAAGUUGAUCUGCCAACAAAAAGUCCUGAGAAAGAUCUCAGCUACGAUGAUACGGACAGUAAUGGAGAAAUAUGAGGUUGAAUUCAAAUGUUAAUGUCUUUAAAAAUGAAAAAGUCAUUAUUUAAUCUAGUUUAAUUUUCUUUUUAGGUAUGGUGGCCGGUGCUACAACAAACCAAAACACUUCCACUUCCACUUAGUGGAUUAUAAAGAUGGACAACUGUCUCUGCCUCAUAACUUUAAGUGUUUGUCAGUAUAUCUGAAAGGACUAGGUUAGCUACAUUAGCUAUGUAGCUUACAGCAGAUCUGCAGAUCAGAAGGAGUCAUGUGAUCACAUUGUUAAAA